AGUCCAAAUCUCUUGUCAUUACAUACAUCCGCCAAAGCCCAAAUAGAACCCAAAAUCAUGGGCCGCAAGAGAGACAGAACCCACUUCAAUCGCCACCUCCCCUACUCCUUCCCCAAGCGCCGCCGUCCAACGCCAAUCACCGACGACCCCUUCCCGGCGCCGGAAGAUAACUCAUCAUCCACCAAGCAACAACCGGCUACUGUGGUGGUUAUUGGGGUUCCUUCUGAAUGCUCUGUACUCGACAUUAAAUCUCGAUUUGAGAUUUAUGGAUCCAUCUCUCGAACCCGUAUGUACCCUAAUGGUCUCGCUCAUAUCACUUUCCGUUCCAAUGAUUCUGCUCAAUCUGCUGUUGAAGCUGCUGAAGAUUCCUCUUUCCCCAUUACUCUCCACUCCAUGCCUGUUCAGGUAAUAUGGGCAACUGAUCAUGCAUCACAGUGGAAAGAAGGCGUGAUGCGAAAGGAUGAAAUAUCCACAUCAACAGUUGUAUCGAAGCUAGUUAAAGCAGAGGUGCCACUAAGUAGGCACGGGAGAGGUAAUCGACUGGGAUCAGCGAUUGUGAACCCCAGAGAUGAGGAUAAUGAUAAUGCUGGAGGUAAUGUUCGCGCACAUGUUAGUACAAGGCUUGUUGAGCCUUACAAGGGUAGGGAAAUUGUUGCCUAUGAUGAUAUUUUGUAACUUGUGGUCAUGGUUUUUGAGGGAUUGCCUCACUUGUAACAUUAGCUAUAAUGCUAUAUGGUUCUUUAAUGUAAUAUUAGAGCUUUCAUUAGGUAAAAGUUGAGAGAUUGUUGCAGAUUAAUUGGGGUGAUUUUCAGUUCUAGAUGUUCUUUUAGUAAGGUUCAGAGCUUGUUUGUUUUCUUCUCUGUGUAGGUAAUACGAUCAGUAAAAAAUAAUCAUGUACGUAAGAUAUUUUUUUUAUAUGACUAUGUUUUUCAUGUAUUCUUCUAUCUUAGCAAAUACGACAUUGUUCCAUGAUUUGGAUUUUGAAGUAAAGAUAGAUAUUGUUACUAUACUUGUGUUCCUCAAUACUUGUACUUGCAGCAUACCACUUGGAACAAGUUGGCAUCGUUGAUGCGUUUUCAGAUUACAUUUUUAGGAUUCUUCCACUCAAAGGGGAUGUAGAAGAACUUUCUUUUCCUGUCGUGGCUUAUAGAAGUCAGGUGCAAUUUGCAAAAAGCAGCCACAUGCUCUUGUAGAGCUAAUUCACCGUGUUAAUUAUCUUAUUUGGUAAGUACUGAUCGUACUCUUGAUGGCACAUUUGAAGCUUUCCAGUUGACUAUUUUGGAGACGCGUAAUUAUGACAAAAAGUUGUUGUAUGGGUUAUGUGAGUUGUGCAUGAUGUCUGUAAAUGUUGAGUCAGAUGUUUGUGGAUGAUGUUAUUGUCUCGAGGUUUAACAGUUUUUACUAGUAAUAAUGCACUACAUUGUUAUUGUGUGGUUACGAGAGUUGGAGCAAUUGUAUUUUGUUCUUGAAAUUGUACAUCUAAGAAUGAUAAGAUGACCAUCUUGAAUCCUAGCGACAGGAGCUACCUCAAAUUUUCUACACUCAUUUUGUGAACAGCAUCAAUGUAUCAUAUGAUGUAAAUGAAGAUGAUGCUUGAUUA